AUGAUAAGUGAAUCAGAUCUUAAAACACUUUGGAUAGGAGAUAUAGAACCAUGGAUGAAUGAAAAAUAUUUAGAAGAUGUUUUUAAUAAAGUCGGUCGUGUUGUUAGUAUUAAAUUAAUAAGAAAUAAAGAUAAUGGACUUCCUUCAGUUCAAUAGCCUCAAUAACCUUUAUCAUAUAUGAAUUAAUUCAUGCCUCCAAUAAUAUAACCUUCAAUAAUGACUACUCCAUAAAUGCCUGUUAGUGAAUUUUCUGUAUAUGUAGGAGAACUAGAAUUAGGUAUAAAUGAGUAGUAAUUAGCUGAGCAUUUCCGUGUAAAGUAUCCAAGUGUAAUCGGUUCUAAAAUAAUAAUAGAUCCAUAAACAAAAAUGAGCAGAGGAUUUGGUUUUGUUAAGUUUUCUAAUCCAUAAGAAGGUUUAAAAGCAAUUUAAGAAAUGAAUGGGUCUCUUUUUAGAGGAAAAUAUAUAAAAGUAUCUAAUGCAGUAAAUAGACAAUAAUAAUAAUAAAUGGCUUCAUCAGCACCUGAAAUGUACAAUGUUUAAUAAUAAUCAUAUAUGUUCGUAAUAAUAAUUAAAUAUGCCAGGAUAUACUGA